AAGUGUGGGUUGAGGUUAGUUGGUAAUUGGUAUCAUCGCCAAACACCAAACAAACGCCAAGACAGGCGAAGGGUUAGCGUGAGUGUGAAGCCUAUAAAAGGCCUCAUUUCGAAGUUUGACGGAAACGUAAUAACCAAAACCCUCAAACAAACAAAACCCUCACUUACUCUACAUCUUCUCUCUUUCUUCUUCAUCCUCCAUCUCCCAUGGAUUCUGAUUACGGCAUUCCUCGUCAACUCUCCGAUCUUCAGAAGAUCCGAUCUCUCUACCAACCUGACCUUCCUCCUUGUCUUCAGGGAACAGCGGUCAGGGUUGAAUUUGGGGAUGCCACUACAGCUGUGGAUCCUGCUGAUGCCCCUACCAUUUGUCGGGCCUUUCCCCACACUUACGGUCAGCCAUUGGCUCACUUUCUCAGGGCGACUGCUAAAGUCCCAGAUGCUCAAAUUAUUACUGAACAUCCAGCCAUCCGGGUGGGAGUAGUUUUUUGUGGAAGGCAAUCCCCCGGAGGUCAUAACGUCAUUUGGGGGCUUCAUGACGCUCUCAAAAUUCACAACCCAAACAGUAUAUUGUUUGGAUUUCUGGGUGGUUCUGAAGGUUUAUUUGCCCAGAAAACUCUUGAGAUUACCGAUGACAUUCUUUCAACGUACAAAAAUCAAGGUGGUUAUGAUUUAUUGGGACGAACCAAGGAUCAAAUUCGAACUAAAGAGCAGGUUAAUGCUGCACUGAAAACGUGCUUAGAUUUGAAAUUGGAUGGUCUUGUCAUAAUUGGCGGAGUGACGUCAAACACUGAUGCUGCUCAACUUGCUGAAACCUUUGCGGAAGCUAAAUGCCCCACAAAGGUUGUAGGAGUUCCAGUUACUUUGAAUGGCGAUCUCAAGAACCAGUUCGUUGAAACAAAUGUUGGUUUUGACACCAUAUGCAAGGUUAAUUCUCAGCUAAUCAGCAAUGUAUGCACUGAUGCCCUGUCUGCAGAGAAGUAUUACUAUUUCAUUCGACUCAUGGGCCGGAAAGCAUCCCAUGUUGCUUUGGAGUGCACUCUUCAAUCUCAUCCAAAUUUGGUUAUCCUUGGUGAGGAGGUAGCUGCAUCAAAACUUACUCUUUUUGAUUUGACGACACAGAUAUGUGAUGCUGUUCAGGCUAGAGCACAACAAGACAAGUACCAUGGGGUCAUCUUACUGCCUGAAGGGCUGAUUGAAAGCAUUCCCGAAAUCUAUGCCCUUUUGAAGGAAAUUCACAGUUUACUCAGGCAAGGAGUUCUCGUUGAUAAUAUUUCUUCCCAACUCUCUCCUUGGGCAUCAGCGCUAUUUGAAUUUCUGCCACCUUUCAUCAGGAAGCAGUUGCUACUUCAUCCUGAAUCAGACGAUUCUGCUCAGUUGUCUCAGAUUGAGACGGAGAAACUUUUGGCACAUCUUGUGGAGGCUGAAAUUAACAAGCGUCUGAAAGAAGGGACUUAUAAGGGGAAGAAAUUCAAUGCAAUUUGCCACUUCUUUGGUUACCAGGCUCGGGGAUCUUUACCUUCAAAAUUUGAUUGCGACUAUGCCUUUGUUCUUGGCCAUGUUUGCUACCAUAUCUUAGCUGCUGGUUUGAACGGUUAUAUGGCAACUUUAACUAACCUGAAAAAUCCUGUGAACAAAUGGCGCUGUGGUGCUGCUCCAAUUGCAGCCAUGAUGACUGUGAAGCGUUGGGCUCAAAAUCCUGGAGCAUCGUCCAUUGGAAAACCAGCAAUUCACCCAGCAACCGUGGAUUUGAAAGGGAAAGCAUACGAGCUAUUGAGACAAAAUGCGAGUCAGUUUCUGAUGGACGAUCUCUAUAGAAACCCUGGACCUCUUCAGUUCGAUGGUCCUGGUGCUGAUGCCAAGCCCGUCUCCCUUUGCGUUGAGGACCAGGAUUACAUGGGCCGCAUCAAGAAAUUACAGGAAUACCUUGAUAAGGUCCGAACCAUCGUGAAACCAGGGUGUUCGCAGGAGGUUCUUAAAGCAGCAUUAAGUGUCAUGGCAUCAGUGACCGACGUCCUUUCUGUUAUGUCUUCCAGUUCAUUCAGCGGAAAAGCAUCACUAGAAGGAUAAUUAAACUCAUUUUAUGUUGGUGUUUAUUUUACCAGAGCAACAAUGACUGUUCUAAAACCUUGUCUACUUCGGCUAGCGGAAUUGGGUUAUAGAUGACCUGAUAAUGACUGAUGAGUUUUCAAUUUGUUGCGUAACAUUUUUUAAUGAAUAAGUACCCAUCCUCUGCAGUUUUGGGAAUCUGUAAAGUACUGUUUUUUUUUUCCUUUUCCACCAGUUUGGGUUUGUAAUACGGAAGGAACUCUUAUUUUGCA